AUGUCAUCGGCUUCAGCCAAGACCACACUUAGCGGCUCAGCAAAGCCGGAGGGCAUAGCCAGUCCUACUACAGCAGCUCACACAGCGCCAUGGGAGUCGCAGCAAGAUGUCAGCGGACUGAACCGUUCCAAUGAGGUUCCCUUUCCGGUUGCCAUCGUUAGCAUGGCGGUGAGGCUCCCUGGAGGGGUGAACACUACGGAGAAGUUCUGGGACAUGUUGAUCAACAAAAAAGAUGGGCACUGCAGGGUUCCAGAUACAAGAUAUGGGGCAGACGCAUUCUACGAUGCUACCCGACCGGGCACCGUCAAAACCCGCCACGGAUAUUUCCUACAGGAGGAUAUUGGUUAUAUUGACCGAUCGUUCUUUUCCAUGAGCAAGACUGAAGCAGCAAAGCUGGACCCACAGCAGAGGCUGCUUCUGGAGGUUGUAUGGGAAUGCAUGGAGUCUGGAGGACAGACAAACUGGCGAGGGCAGAGCAUUGGUUGCUACGUCGGUGUUUUUGGGGAAGAUUGGCUGGAGAUGUCUAGCAAAGAUACCCAACACAUGGACCGAUUCCACGUUGUGAGCGCAGGAGACUUUGCGCUUUCGAAUCGCGUGUCAUACGAGUACGAUCUGCAGGGGCCGAGUAUCACGUAUCGAACAGCUUGUUCAUCCUCUAUGGUCGCCCUGCACGACGCCUGUCAGGCACUGUAUAGUGGCGAAUGUUCCUCGGCCGUCGUCGCGGGAUCAAAUCUUAUAUUGACACCCACUAUGACCAUGUCCAUUUCUGACAACAUGAUCUUAUCCCCUGAUGGGGUUUGUAAGACAUUUGAUGCCUCCGCCGAUGGGUAUGGUAGAGGCGAAGCGAUCAACGCCAUCUAUGUUAAGCCCCUGGCGGAAGCUUUGCUGCAAGGCGACCCUAUCCGUGCUGUCAUAAGAUCGACCGCUGUGAACUGCGAUGGAAGAACACCAAGCAUCACAACACCUGGCUCGGAAGCCCAAGAGCGGCUUAUUAGACGUGCAUACCGAAAGGCUGCCAUCGAGAACAUCUCCCAGACAGCGUUCUUUGAAUGCCAUGGGACGGGAACAAUUGCUGGCGAUACGGCAGAGACAUCUGUUGUUGCUAAGGUCUUCCCCGAAGGAAUCCAUAUUGGAGCGGUCAAACCAAAUGUCGGGCACUCUGAAGGUGCGUCUGGGCUGACCGCCAUCAUCAAGUCCGCCCUCGCACUCGAGAAGAGGAUCAUUCCUCCCAAUAUACAUUUCACUAAUCCAAACCCCUCCAUUCCAUUCCAAGAGGCGCGGCUGAAAGUGCCUCUAGACCCGACCGCAUGGCCAGGCGGUCGAUGUGAACGAGUCAGCGUGAAUUCCUUCGGCAUAGGCGGAACAAAUGCGCAUGUCAUCCUGGAAUCUUUUUCGUCGGUGUCUCAGGCUCAAAUAGAGCGACCCACCGCCACAACAGACUCUCAACUCUUGGUUCUAUCUGCAAAGAACGGAAAGUCUCUACAAAUGGCCGUGGAGCAUAUGAAAGAGUAUACCGCCCAAAUGUCAUGUUCGAUGAAUGAUCUGGCAUAUACCCUAGGCUCCAGACGGGAGCAUCUGGCACAUCGAGCAUUCGCCAUUAUUGAUCCCGAUGGGAAGGUGUCAGAUUUUGAAAAGGCGCGUGAGGUGCCAUCUGGCAUCACAUUUGUAUUUACUGGCCAAGGUGCACAGUGGGCUGGUAUGGGGAAAGAGUUGAUGUCCGCAUCAACGUGCUUUUUGAGCAGCAUCAGGGCCCUAGAUCAGGAAUUGUCGUUGCUGGCGAAGCCUCCCAGCUGGACCUUGGAAGGGGAGCUUGCAAAAGAUGAUGAAUCAAGUAGGAUUCAGCAAGCGGAAUUUGCUCAACCUCUCUCGACAGCAGUACAGAUCGCACUGGUAGAUCUCCUUAAAGAAUGGGGUGUUUGUCCGGCGUCAGUGAUCGGUCACUCGAGUGGCGAGAUUGUGGCUGCAUAUGCUUCUGGUGCAAUGAGUGCAGGUGUGGCAAUUGCCGUAUCAUACUAUCGAGGUAAAGCCGUAGGCGAGGCAGCCAUAAAGAUUGGAGGCAUGGCUGCUAUUGGUCUUCCGGCUGAUAAGGCCAGGAAGUAUCUCCUCGGCGAUGUUGCUGUGGCGUGCGAUAAUAGUCCACAAAGUGUGACGCUUUCUGGUACAUCAGAUGCCCUCGACGAGGUUCUAAAGAAGAUUAUGGCAGAAGAGCCAGAUACUUUAUGUAAACGCCUCAAAGUGUCUGUUGCAUAUCACUCUGAGAGCAUGAAAGAGCCGGGUAUUACUUAUGAGAACAUGAUGAAGCCGGUCAUAUGCCAUAAGGAAAACAUGAUACCGUUCUAUUCGACGGUGAGAGAAAGUACCAUAUCAGAUCCGACGGUCUUAGAUGCAUCAUAUUGGCGAGAGAAUCUGCAAUCCACGGUUUUGUUCAAUGGUGCCGUUCAGCGAUUGAUCCGUGAAGCACAUCUACCAACCAUUUUUGUGGAGAUCGGCCCGCACUCAACACUCUCGAGCCCGCUGCGCCAAAUCUUACGCCAAAGCGAUAGAGACCAAGCGUCAAGGUAUAUCCCGACUCUCGUUCGCGGUCAGCCACAGUGGAAGGCUCUUCUCACGACUGCUGGACGGCUUCAUACUAAUGGGGCUACCGUUGACCUGGCCGCGGUUAAUGCCACAGAUGGUGCUUCUAUCGUGACGGAUCUUCCGGCCUAUCCAUGGCUGCACGAGGAAACUUACUUCAGCGAAACGAGGCUGGUUCGGGAAUGGAGAAACCCCAAGGAGCCACAUCACGAGUUACUAGGACCUCGAUCUCUGGAAUCUACAGAUCUGGAACCUUCGUGGAGAAGGGUUCUCUUUGUCGGACAUGUACCCUGGUUAUGGGACCACGUGCUAGGGAAGGAACUCAUAUUCCCAUGCGCUGGAUACAUUGCCAUGGCCGGUGAGGCGAUUCGACAGACAACUGGAACGGCAGAUUACACAAUCCGAAACUUGACCAUGAAAACGCCACUGGUGCUCAAAGAGUCCGAAGCCACAGAGCUGGUAACAAGUCUCCGUCCAGCCAGGCUCACCACGACAAUGGAUUCUCCCUGGUUUGAAUUCACAAUUGCGGCGUACCAGAACGGAACAUGGAAAAAGCAUUGCACUGGGAAAGUGAGGGCAGGCGCAGUAAAACAGUACGUCCCUCAUGAUUGUGUUUCAUAUCCGCGCAUGGUUUCUUCCAAGGCAUGGUACGAAGCAAUCAAAAAACGCGGCCUUAACUUUGGCCCUGAGUUCCGAAGACUGGAGAAUAUUUCUGCCAAUCCAUGCAGUCCACAGGCAGGCGCUCGUGUCCAACAUAGCCACGAGAAUGACUCAAAAGACUCCAGCGUAUAUGCUCUUCAUCCAACCAUGAUUGAUCAGAAUCUUCAGAUGCUCGGCGUUGCAAUGACCCGUGGAUUGUCUCGUCAUAUGACAAAACUUUGUAUGCCCGUGGAAAUUGAAAGCAUCUAUAUUGCUCCGGGUCGUGGGACGAUGUUUAUUGAUGCAUCGUGCAAUCCGACUGGUGAUUCCAUCAUCGGCAAUGCAAAGAUGGUCUCUAACGACAGCGUUGUUCUCUCAAUUGAAAGGGGCAUGCUUUUCGGAGUCGAAGAGUCAGGUGAAGAAGAGCGAAAUGAUUCAUUGGUUGCUCGAAUUGACUGGAAGCCACACGUCGACCUCGUCUCCUUGACUGAAGAGCUUCUACCUAAGAUAUUGAAUAGCCGCGCCUCACAUCUCUUGGAGCUUGUCGUUGGAUCGAUAAUCACUGCAACAGCAGAUAAGAUCCGAUCAUUGCAUCCAAAAGACUCACAAGUUGAGGAAUAUCAACGCUGGAUCUGCUCCCAGGCGGAUGCCAGGAAGGCCACUGACAAAUGCAUGGAGUCACUUUGCGGAGAUGAUCGGCUUCUUGAGGCCACGAAAGAGCUCGAGAAGGACCGUAUUGAACUGGCCUCUCUCUUGAAAUUGGCAAAUAAGAUUUCAAUGGUUUCGGACGGCCUGGUGGAGGGGAAUGUCAGCCCUGAAGUGGUGGGGAAUCCGGGAGAAACUCUGUUUAAUUUGUACAAGUCAUUGUCAUUGACGGCAGGGUACACAUACUUCUUUUCUCUCCUUGGUCAUUCGAACCCGAUGAUGCGAGUCCUGACGGUUGGGCUGGGCAAUAGAUUUGCAGUGACACAAGCUUUAUGCGGACUCACAUCAAACAAUGGUACUCCCAUGUAUUCGAAGUACACAGUCACCGACCGAUCAGAAAACUGCAUUUCCUGUGCCAAAGAGGAACUUUCAUGGGCUCCCGGAAUCGAGUACAGGCUACUUGAUAUUGCCCGCGACCCUAUUGAGCAGGGCUUCGAGGCUGAGAGCUAUGAUCUUGUCGUUGCUUCAGAUGCAUUUGAUGCCGACAUGCCACUGUCCCCCUCCCUGAAAAACAUUUUUACCUUGCUUGCCCCAGGAGGUCGACUAUUCUACCAGGGAGUGUUUUCUACCAUCCCUUUGGUCACAUAUGUGAUGGGAAUCUUCCCCGAAUGGUGGGCUCAACAAAAUCUGUCCUGCAGCAAGCCAUCCAUCUCCCCCGAGCAAUGGAAGAAUGAACUCAAAGAGAACGGUUUCAACGAGUCUGACACGUUGGCACUCAACGAUUCAUCAAUGUACCACGUGGGCACAACGAUCGCUUCGCGGCCAUGUCCUCCGGUCAUAAGCAAUUCAAAGGAAAUCGCGAUUCUAUAUCUGUCGACGAUCCCGGACUGGGCCCAGUCCUUGGCACGAAACCUAGAGAGGAAGGGACAACUUAUAACGUGGGUUGCCUUUGGGGAGGUUCCACCUCCAGAGAUAGAUGUAAUUUCAGUCAUGGACUUGGAAGGUCCGUUCUUCGAUGACAUCUCGCCCGUGCGAUUUUCUCAGUUCCAGCAAUUCGUCAGUCAGAUCAAGAACUCCCGCGUUUUAUGGAUCACGGGGAGCUCUCAAAUGUCGUGCAAUGAUUCUCGUUUGGGCCUUGUGUUGGGAGUUGCCCGAACAAUCAGACAGGAAGUGACGCCUGAAUUUUAUACUCUCGAGAUUGAUGAUUUUGACGAUACAUCCGCUGCAGUUCGGGUAUUGGAGCAUAUAAACCGACAGCGAGACUGCUCAUUACUGGACCCAGACCGUGAAUUUGCACUCGAGCAAGGAAUACUACACGUCAGCAGGGCUCACUGGAUCAGUGCUCGUCAGGAGCUUUCCACAGCAAGACCUGCCGGCUGCAAAAGCAAAUUCCUAGACAUUGGAUCUUAUGGACUACUGAACACACUUGGAUGGUCGGAACGCGAGCCCUGUGGGAUGCAAAAUCAUGAAGUCGAAAUCGACAUGAAAUACAUUGGACUGAAUUUUCGGGACAUGAUGGUCGCUCUCGGCGUGGUGGGAGAUAGAAGUGAGUUCGGCGUUGAAGGGAGCGGUGUUGUCAGUCGAGUAGGCUCAUUAGUGACGCAUGUGAGCGUUGGCGAUGCGGUGGUUGUUGUUGGCGAUGGACUCCUGUGCACGCGCAAGAUUGUUGCUGGGGAGCGCUGUUUCCAUCUCCCCGACGGUAUCAGCUUGGAAGAUGCGGCCACGGUUGCUUGUGUGUAUGGCACGGUUAUACUGUCACUGAUUCACAUCGGCAGGCUCCAGAAAGGCCAGUCUGUUUUGAUACACUGUGGAUGCGGUGGUGUUGGACUGGCAGCUAUUCAAGUUUGCCAAAUGUUAGGGGCCGAGAUUUUCACUACUGUUGGAAACGAAGAAAAGAUUAGGCAUCUCAUGGACACGUUUGGUAUUCCUCGAAAUCGCAUUUUCAGCUCCCGAGAUCCGUCUUUCUUAGAUGGAGUGAUGAAGCAAACUGGGAAUCGCGGAGUAGACAUUGUUCUCAACUCUCUUUCUGGCGAGCUUCUGCAUCGUUCCUGGAGAUGUGUUGCUAAGUUUGGAAAGAUGAUUGAAUUAGGGAAGCGUGACCUGCUGGGACAUGGCCAGUUGGACAUGGAUGUCUUUGCAGGAAACAGGUCUUUCAUAGGGGUCGAUGCAAAGCAGAUCAUAGACGAGGACAUUGGCCAGUUCCAAAGUAUGAUGCAAGAGUGCAUGGAAUUUCUCAAGCAAGGAAAAAUCAAGUCCAUUCGACCGCUUACUGUUUUCGAUGCUGAGGACAUCAGCCAAGCUUUCCGUUUCAUGCAGACCGGGAAACAUAUGGGCAAGAUCGUUGUGAAGAUGCCUGAUAGUUCCUCGGAGUUACAAGUUUGCGCUAGUUCAACAUUCAUAUCCCUCCCCUCCGAUGCCUCUAUUGUGAUCGUUGGGGGUCUUGGUGGCUUGGGCCGCUCUGUGGCAACCUGGCUAGUAGAGAAGGGAGCUCGAGAUUUGGUAUUCCUCAGCCGAUCAGCAGGGACCUCCCCUGAAUCUCAAUCGUUCCUGGAAGAACUUCGCAGUCAAAAUUGUUCAGUGACUGCGAUCGCUGGAGAUGUGGCAAAGAUGGAGGAUGUAAAACGCGCAGUUACAGCUUGCAAGAGGCGUAUUGCUGGGGUUAUUCACAUGCCUAUGAUUUUAAAGGACCAGUUAUUAUCGGAAAUGACACAUGAUGAGUGGUGCUCGGUGUUGGCUUCAAAGGUCCAGGGAACGUGGAAUUUGCACAAUGCCUUCAUUGAGCACAGACUGGAGUUCUUUGUGUGUUUUGGCUCGUUAGCUGGUCUCUGCGGGAAUGCCGGUCAAACGAACUAUGCGGCCGCGAAUGCGUUCUUGGACGCUUUUGUCGAGUAUCGCUUAGGACGCGGACUUGUAGCAAGUGUCAUUGACCUUGGCCUAAUGAAUGAUGCUGGCUUUGCCUACGAAAAUGCGCCCAAGCUCAUCCAACGUGCCAAGUCGGCCUCUAUGCAAACCGUUGAAGAGCACGAGCUCGUCCAGGCUCUGGAGUUGUCAAUUUGUCGCCCAGGUCAGAUAGCACUAGGCCUCGGAACUACGAAGCCCCUCGCUAGUUCUGGUGUCGUGCCACCCUGGACUCGAGACGCACGCUAUAGCCUCUGGUCAAAUAUUGUUUCCGCCACUGAGCCAGCCGCAUCUGCAUUAGAUGGAGACCUAAAGGAGCUGAUGGAGUCCAUCAAAAGUAAUCCUCAUACACUGGAUGACCUUGCUACCAAAGAGAGAAUCACCAAAGUUCUCGGAUUCGAAAUUGGAGCUCAUCUAGCAAACAUCGAUGACAUGGACGAGAAUGAUAUCAACAACAUGGUGAUUGAGUCCUUGGCUAUGAUCGAGAUCAGGAGCUGGUACCGACGCCAUCUCGGCUUGGAGUUGCCACUGGUUGAGAUUUCAAAUGCGCAAACAAUAGGAGGCCUUGGGAAUGUGACGGUGCAGAUGCUACGGGCCAAGUACCAAACAACUGCCAACACGGAAAGUUCCGCGGCAGAGUCCACCCGCGCCCCAAAUGAGGAAGAUAUUCAGUAUCUUCAAGAUGCGACACUGGGUCGAAGUAUCAAACCUAUCUCAGAGCCAAUAUCCGAGUGGUAUGCUAAAUCUGAAGGGCAUGUACUGUUAAUAGGUGCCACUGGAUUUGUUGGCACAUUCAUGUUAUCAAUGUUGAUAGCAAUGCCCGAGUUACAGACUGUCACUUGCCUGGUUCGCGCUGACUGUACAGCAACGGCGAUGAAACGGCUUGAAGCAGGAUUUGCCAAGUUCCGCAUUCCAAUGAGAUCAAUGGACAAGCUUCGAGCUGUUACAGGAGAUAUUGCUCGCAAAGACCUCGGCCUGGAAGCCACUGAGUUCUCUCGUCUAUCCAGUGAAUGCAGUGCCAUUUUCCAUCUGGGCGCCGUUGUUAACUACACACUACCAUACUCUGCACAUCGUGGCACCAAUGUUCUAGGCCUCAUCAAUGUUCUCAACUUUGCCAAUACCCAUCGCCUUAAAUCUGUUCAUUACUUCUCGGGCAUGGCAGCAUAUGGUCCAUCCGGAUUCCUCAGCAGCCCCACAUACGUGCCUGAGAAUUCGAGGCCAGUAGCCGGCUCUGGGCCUCUGCAACACCAUACCGGCUACUCGCUUAGCAAAUAUGUUGGAGAAUGCAUCGCGUGGGAUGCCAUAUCGAAUGGAUUCCCUCUCGCGAUCCAUCGGGCUGGUUUCGUUCUUGGACACAGCGUAACAGGGAUCGGAAAUGCAGAUGAUGCUGUCAAUCGCCUCAUGUCGACGUGCAUCAGUCUGGGCGCAUAUCCAAUCCCCCCUGCUCAACGAAACUGUUUUGUUCCUGUUGACUUCGUGUGCUCGGCUGCUUUGCAUAUAUCUCUGUCCAACGAUAAUCUUGGUCAAGCGUAUAACCUGAUCCAUCCCGACCAAGAUCAAAAUGUCGACCUAUCAGCAACAUUCAACAUGCUCAGUCAACUGACCUCGCCGCCACUCCGUGCUGUCGAGGUCUCCGAAUGGGCAGAGCUGAUGUCAAGGGCAGCGGGUCAUCGUCUAAGUGACAUUGCCCCCAUCAUUGCCGAGAAAUUGACUGAAGGAUCGGUUUGGUGGAACAAUGAACAGGACGCAAUGGUGAUUCAUGGCACCGAAAACCUUACCAGAGCCUUGGCAGAUCGACCAGACAUUCUGAGUUGCAAGACCAUGUUUGAACUAAUGGAGAUAUACUUCACUCAGUGGCGCCAAGUCUCAGAAUUUGGUAUUUUGAUGCACGAGCACUGA